AAGUCGGAAGAACGACUUUCCAAUAUGCGAAAUGGAACCAUCCGAAGAGCACGUGAAUGCAGCACUCAUCUACCAGUCAGGGCAGUUAUAUUUCAGAGGGAGGAAGACACUGGAGUUGUUGUUGUUGGUGCCUGUUGUACGAGCUAGCAUGUAGUGAGUGACCUGUAGCCUUUUUUAGUAUUUGCAAUAUGAAGAAUGGAAGAAGACGAUGUUACUAUCAGAGAGCAGAAUUUCCACAGCCAAGUUCGAGAAUACAUCAUUUGCUUUCUCCUGUUUGCAGUCCUCUACAUUGUGUCCUACUGCAUUAUAACCAGAUACAAGAGGAAGAGUGAUGACCAUGAGGAUGAAGAUGCGGUUGUCAAUAGAAUAUCAUUGUACUUGUGCACCUUCACCCUGGCAGUGUCGGGUGGUGCCGUCUUCCUACUGCCUUUCUCAAUCAUUAGUAACGAGAUCCUCCUCUCCUUCCCCAAAAACUAUUACAUUCAGUGGCUCAAUGGCUCCCUCAUUCACGGUCUGUGGAACCUGGUGUCACUGUUCUCCAACCUUUGCCUCUUUGUCCUGAUGCCCUUUGCCUACUUCUUCUUGGAGUCUGAGGGAUUUGCAGGAUCUAAAAAGGGCAUCAGGGCGCGUAUUUUAGAGACCUUUGUGAUGCUCUUCCUGCUGGCUUUGCUCAUCCUGGGCAUUGUGUGGGUGGCAUCAGCGCUCAUUGACAAUGAUGCAGCCAGUAUGGAGUCACUCUACGAUCUUUGGGAAUUUUACCUUCCAUACCUCUACUCCUGUAUAUCUCUGAUGGGAGGACUGCUUUUACUCAUGUGUACUCCUGUGGGAUUGUCCAGGAUGUUCACCAUCAUGGGCCAGUUACUAGUGAAGCCAACAAUCCUGGAGGACCUGGAUGAGCAGAUUUACUGCAUCCAUUUGCAGGAGGAAGCCCUUCAGAGGAGAUUAAACGGAUCGUCCUCACACACUUAUACUCGAGGGAGCUUUACUCACCAGCUAAACAAAGAACUUGACAAUUUUCGAAAUCAGAGAAAUAAAUUAGAGAGAAGAAAGAAAGCAUCAGGUUGGGAGAAGAACUUGUUGUAUCCCAUGGUGAUGCUGAUCCUGCUCGCAGGAACGACAAUCUCAGUUAUUAUGGUGGUAUUGAAUAUCCUCUACCUUCUAGUGGAUGAGACUGCCAUGCCCAAGGGGUCCACGGACCGAGGCAUUGGGAACACCUCUCUGUCCACAUUUGGCGUGGCUCAGGCAGUGCUGGAGAUCAUCCUCAUGUUCUACUUGAUGGUGUCCUCUGUCGUCGGGUUCUACAGCCUGAGAGUCUUUGAGGGACUCACUCCUAGGAACGAUGACACAACCAUGACAACGAUUAUUGGUUGCUGUGUGUCCAUCUUGGUCUUGAGUUCAGCCCUGCCAGUGAUGUCCAGAACUCUAGGUAUCACCAGGUUUGAUCUCUUGGGAGACUUUGGGAGAUUUAAUUGGCUGGGAAACUUUUACAUUGUCCUUUCAUACAACCUCCUCUUUGCAGUCGUGACAACACUCUGUCUUGUGAGAAAAUUCACCUCAGCGGUACGGGAAGAGCUUCUAAAGGCGUUAGGUCUGGAUAAAUUGCAACUGUCAAAUAGCCCCACGGACCCUGAAUCUGGGAAGCUCUCGGCAAACGGGCAUCAGAAAACUCUGUGAAAGGGACGACACACACACACACACACACACACACACACACUUCGACAGUACUGCUGAAAGGUGAAAGGGAUUGGAAGGAACUUAAUAAACCCAGGCAGUGUCUGACGGAUGCUGCAAAUGGAGGCUGAGAGCAAUUUAGCUUCGUGACAUUCCAUCCUCUGCGUCUUGGAUGGAAGCUGGGACAGAGCCAGGGAUGAGACUGAGGAGUGAAAUAGACUGGCAUCACUGCAGUGACCUUGAUGUAGACCUUAACCGCGACUGUGAUUUUAAACCACCCAUCUCUUGCUUCAGGGGCACUCCCCCCCCCAGCAUUGCUACCUGUUUUUCUUUUAUAACCUCCUCACCACUGCACUAGACAAAAGCAGGAGGGUAAAGCAGGUGAAACUGUGUUUUUCUAAGUCUUACAUCUAGCUAAAAGGCAAAGGGUUAUUUUCCAUUACCCUGCUCCUUACCUGUAUUCAGUAUAAUAAAUAGACCCGUAUUUCCAAUAGACUCAUUUUUUAAUGCCAGUAUGUCCACGGUAAUUUGUGCCGGUGAUACAUGGAGCAUUUGCAGUUUAUGGUUUAAUCAUUGGUCGUUGGUUGUUAUGUGAACGGAUACAGGCCUGAUAAGGUGUCAAUUUGUCUUUUUUUUUUUUUUUUUGUUUAAGCUCAAAAUGUGAAAAUAACAUGUGCUUUUGAGAAGCAUGAAAGAAGUCAAAGUUAUUCACUCAUCACAGCCAUUACAUAAAACUGCACAGCAUCAAUACAAUUCAUAUUAUAUGCAUUGGCACUGUCAUUACUGACGCGUCAGAUUUUAGCACUCGUGCUGUCAUUUGUCUUUUUAUUUGGCUUUACUCAAGUGCGCUUUAACUUUAUUGAUGAUGUCAUUAGUUUGUAUGAAGUAGGGUAAGAACUUUUUUUAGGUGCUCUAGAUUAGACUUUAAGAGCUGUCUCCUCUUCAAAUGUGAAACUAUGGGAGUUAUAUCCACUUCAGUUCCAAAGAGCUUUAAUGCAUUUAGAGCUGAUCCUAUGGUUGUAUUUCCUAAAAUUGGUUUUUAUGCACAUGGUAAGAAAAUGUCAUCACAUUUUUGCUCAUAUAAAAAAAAUCUAUUUUAAAUUAACAGGGCACAGAACAUUUUUUUUGUCAUUUUUGUAAAUGUUGUAUUUACAUGUACAUAUUAUAUUGUGUUUCAUAACUCUUUUGCAUUAUUUGGAUGUAAAUAUUGGGCUCUCGUUGAGACCACUGAGGGUCUGACUCACUAAGCAAUCUGUAUUUUGUUGUACAUAUUUUUUAUCAACACCUAAAUCUAAUGCAAACCUGUAACAGUCUCAUAUAGAAUGCAUGAGUGAAAAAUGUGCAACUUUGCAGCUGGUAGAAAGACUUGGUGACUCAGGCCCCAUUUACAUGUAGUCAUAUUGCUGCAAAAUCUUCUGAAUUGUUAUGUUCUUGGUCUCCAGUACCACCUUAAAUGCCUUAUACGACUAGCAUCUCGUAGGCUUAAUGUUAA